AUGGCAGCUUCUAGCCCUGUUCUCGAUGGCGUCUUUGCCAUCAAUAAGCCCAUGGGUAUGAGUUCUGCUCAGGUUAUUAGGGACUGUCAACAUCACUUUAACCCCUCUGCUUUCUUCAAGCCAAUGAUAGACCAAGAGAUAUCAAAGAGGGCGCAAGAGUCCAAUACCAAACGGAAGCGACGUCGAUUCGGCAAGGAUGACAUUCGAGUCAAAAUGGGCCAUGGCGGCACACUUGACCCGCUUGCCACUGGUGUUUUGAUUCUAGGUGUUGGCAAGGGUACUAAAUUUCUCCAGUCUUUCCUGGACUGUACCAAGACGUAUGAGACUGUAGUGCUGUUUGGUGCCAGUACCGAUACGUACGAUAGGGUUGGUAGGAUUCUUAAGAAGACCGCAUACGAUCAUAUCACCCGGCCUAUGGUUGAAGAGGCGCUCAACUCCUACAGAGGAAAAAUCCAACAGAUGCCGCCUCUUUAUUCAGCAUUGAAGAUGGAGGGCAAGCCUCUCUAUGAGUACGCAAGAGAGGGCAAACCAAUUCCGAGAGAAGUUCCGACCAGAGAAGUGACGGUAGCUGAACUCGACUUGGUUGAAUGGUAUGAACCUGGCCAACAUUCCUACCGUUGGCCUGCUGAGGAAGCUACCACAUUUGAACGCAACUUCGCCGAACAGGUCUGGAAGAUCGGAAAGCAGCAGAUGACUUCUAAGAAGCUUACCCCUGAAGAAGAGGAACAAGAGACCAAGGCUUUGGACGAGCAUGAGAAAUUCAAACGAAAGUCAGACGAAAGUGUCGAUGCGCUUGUGUACGACAGGGUUAGCAACAAGCGUCGCAAAACUUCGCAGCAUACACCAUUAAUGUCAGGAGCGCUUGGCGACCUUCCUCCAGCGACUCCCAAACCAGGGAGGGGGUCAAAUUUGAUACCUGAAACAUCGGACACUGACGCACCACCACCUUGGGAGGACAAAGGUCCUCCAGCGGCAAGAAUCCGAAUGACAGUGACCUCGGGAUUUUACGUCCGGAGCUUUUGCCAUGACCUGGGUGUGAAGAUUGGAUCUGCAGCAGUGAUGGCAGAGCUCUGCAGAAGUCGGCAAGGAGAAUUUGUCCUAGGUAGUUCUAAUUGCUUGGAAUUUUCAGACCUGGCAAAAGGAGAAUCCGUAUGGGCACCUCAAUUGAGUGACAUGUUAUUACAGUGGAACAGCAAAGCUCGCAGCAAAGCCUCCGAGCCCGCUCUAAGAGCCAAGCAAAACCCGCCGGGUGAACCGGAAAACUUGACCACUCUAGAGGAUGACUUAUCAAACAAGAAGUCGACGUUACCAACUUCAAAGCCUUCUUCUCCGGCCCGAGAUAUCAAAUCUGAGGAAGUAGGAGCCGCGGAGUCGCAAGAGACAGGGAAUGGUGGUAACUCAGCACAAGCAGCACAAGCCGUUCCUGCCACGAGUUUGACCACUUCUCAGGAUACCACCAAGUCGAACGUCAAGAGCAAAGACGUUGGUGAAGAGUCCUGGAAUGGGUUUCCCGACGCACCUGCUUCCUCGAAGGCGUAUAUACCUAACGUAGAACACCUCGGUUCGUUGGGGAGCCCUCCUUGA